ACCAUCUACAAUAUCAUCAAAACAUGUCGAUAUGGUAUUCAUAGGUUAUGGUCAUUUAGUAACUGUUAAAUAAAUUUUUUGUAAACAAAUUAAUCAUGUCUGUUGUCAUUGAAACAACUGUUGGAGACUUUACAGUUGAUUUAUUUACCAAAGAAAGACCACAAACAUGUCGGAAUUUUUUAAAGCUCUGCAAAAUCAAAUAUUACAACUGGAAUUUAUUUCACACAGUCCAAAGUGGUUUUAUAGCUCAAACUGGAGAUCCUACAGGUACUGGGAAAGGUGGAGAAAGCGUUUAUGGGCUUAUUUUAGGUGAUCAAGCUCGUUACUAUGAAGCAGAGCAGAUGCCAAAAAUCAAACACGACAGAAUAGGACUAUUAUCAAUGGUUAAUUGUGGUGAUAAUAUGUUAGGAUCACAAUUUUUUAUUACUCUUAAUCGCGAUCUACAAUCUCUUGAUGGCGAACACUGUGUUUUUGGUGAAAUAGUUGAGGGAAUUGAGGUGGUUUUGAAGUUCAAUGAAGCUAUUUGUGAUGGAGAUCAUCGUCCUUACCAGGAUAUUCGGAUAUCUCAUACUGUUAUUUUGGAAGAUCCGUAUGACGAUCCUGCAAACUUAAUUAUUCCAGAUCGUAGUCCGUCACCUACUAGAGAAGUUUUAAUGAGUGAUCGUAUUGGUGCAGAUGAGGCUUUAGAUGAUACAGAAGGCAUGACAAUUGAAGAAAUAAAUGAAAUGAGAAAAAAUAAAGAAGCUAAAGCCGCUGCAACAAUUCUUGAAAUAGUUGGAGAUAUACCUGAUGCUGAUAUUGCUCCUCCAGAGAACGUUUUGUUUGUUUGUAAAUUAAAUCCGGUUACAAAUGAUGACGAUUUAGAAAUUAUUUUUAGUAGAUUUGGAAAAAUAAUCGGAUGUGAAGUGAUAAGAGAUCGGCAAACUGGUGAUUCUUUACAAUACGCUUUUAUUGAAUUUGCCGAUCGAAAAAGCUGUGAAGAUGCAUAUUUUAAAAUGGAUAAUGUUCUAAUUGAUGACAGACGAAUUCACGUAGACUUUUCUCAAUCAGUCGCAAAAAUGAAAUGGAAAGGAAAGGGAAAAGGAUUUUUAUAUAAUGAUGAUGAACGAGCACAUGGUCGUAAAGACAAUAGAGAAAAUAAAAUCGCUCAAUCUAAAAAUAAACGAUCAAAUGACUGUGAAGAAAAAUAUAGAAAGAAUAUGUACGACCAGCAAUAUUCUGAAAAGCGUGAAACAAGAAAAUAUGACAGGGAAAAUAAUGAAUCUUAUUAUGAAAAUCGAAGACGUGAGGACAGUGAGCGAAGGGAUGGUAGAAAUAAAGAUAAAAAGUCUGAUAGAAAAGACAGAGAAAAACGAAGGAGUAGAAGUCGAGAGAAAGACAGAAGGGAACGAAGUCGAAGCCGAGGUAGAAGAGAACAAAGAGAUCAUAGCAGAGACAGAAAAAAUAAAAGUCAAAUUUUAUACGAGAAACAUAAAGAUGAUAAUAAACGUAGGGAUAAAGGUCAUGACGAAAUUAAUAAAUACAGGAAAAAACGUUCAAGAGAUAGAUCUGUAGAUAGACAUCAUAAGAAAAGUCACAAACGUGAUCGCAGAGACAGAUAAUUUAGAUACUCCACUUCCCACGGAAAUAUUUUGUACAUACUUUGUAUUGUUAUAAAUUCCAAGGACUUCUUCGAUACGAAUGAAUAAUUUAUUUAUUUGAUAAACAAUGUGAAGAUUUUCCAACUUCCAAAUCACGUUAUCAUCGUGAUAGAUGAUCAUCAUUAACUCAUUUUUGUAAAACAUUUUACUCUUAAUAAUUUCGUAAAUAAUAUUAAACGAAAGAAAAAAUAAAAAAUAUAAACUGAACGUAGUUUAUUAUUUUUUUUUUAUUAAAUUUUUCAAUAAUAAUU